AUGGCCAACAUCUGCACCCUGAGCAUCCUCCUGAGCCUCCUGGUCCCCACUCCUGCCACCCGCUCACCAGACUGUGGGGGCAUCCUCACCCCUGCAGGACUCAGAUACUUCGCUGAAGUUUCCAAGCCCCAUGCAGAGUCAGUCCUCAGGCAGGACCUGGUGGUCCCGGCAUCCCCAAGCUCCUUUCUCACCUCUCCGAAGCCCAGCAGGAACCAAAUUAACUCGGUCAGGGUGUCCGAGCUGUCCCUGUCACUCAUCCCUGACUCUGGGCUGCGGCUGAGCAUCAGCGCCGACCUCAGCAUCUCCUCCUCCCCCUCCAGCCCCAGGGGGAUGCGGCUCUCCAUCCUGGCUGACCUCCACGUGGAGAUGAACACUGAAGGGAACCUGGAGCUGGUGACCUCUGCCUGCAAACCCACCCUGGAGGAGGAGCAGAGCUCUGAGGAGAUGGGAAGCAAGUCCUCCGGCAGUUCAGAGCUGGACAAGGAGAUUAACAUCGACAAGAUUUGCCUGGAAGUCUCCAAAUUGCUGCUGCUGCCAAACGAGCGCCUGAUCUCCCUGACGGCCCAGUUCCCAGUCACACCGAGCUGCCAAGCCCAGUACCUGCCCCUGGCUGCCCCCGUGUUCUCCGAGCAGGGAAUCACCAUAUCCUUGCAAACAACGUUCCAGGUGGCAGGGGUGGCAAUUCCCCUGCCAGUCAGCCCCGUGCCCUUCAGCAUGCCUGAGCCAGUGAGCUCCAGCCCUUCCCACCUCACCCUGGCCUUCUCUGAGCACUUCUACACCAGCCUCUUCUCUGCCCUGGAAAUGGCCGGAGCCUUCAACCUGACCCUCCUGAGCCCACUGACCACCUCCAGCAUGGCAGAGCACAUCCCCCAGAUGGGCUCCCUCUUCCAGGAGGACGUCCCAGUGGUGCUGCAGGCUGUGUUCAGGAGUUCUCCCCGCGUGGUGCUGGAGGAAGACAAGGCAGCCCUGAGGCUCUUCCUCACCAUCCAGGUCGGGACAGGAUCACCAACUUUCCAGAGCUUCCUCAGCAUCAGCGUGGACAUGACUGCAGGGCUCCUCCUCAGCGUGGCAGACACCAGGAUGAUGAUCUCUGCAGCUGGGACAGAGGAUGUUGAGCUCAGCCUGGCUGCCUCCAACGUGGGCCCCGUGCCGGCUGCUGUGCUGGAGGAGUUGUUUUUGGCCACGAUCCGUGAGGAGGUCCCAGCACAGACCAAUGUGGUCCUGAACGAAGGAGUGUUCCUGCCCCACAUCUCCAGCUUUACCUACACGGAUGUCAGCGUUGGGAUCCACAAGGAUUACGUCUCAGUUUCCUGCAACCUGGAGUUCCAGGAGAGGCCUGGGGAGCACAGCACCAAGGUCUGA